AUGAGCAACACAACUAUACUGUCAGGGGUGGUUGGGCCAGGAGCAUUCUUGCCAAGUGAUACGAGGCAACCUUUAGUCGUCGGUAUUACAUCAAUGUUCAUCGUAUUGACUGCCAUUUUUAUGGUCAUUCGGGUUUACAUCAGGGGUUACCUCUUGAGAGGAUGGGAACUCGACGACUCUGUGUUCAUGUGGUCUUCGAUGCUCGUGAUUGUGCAAGGUGCCAUGGUGCUAUGCAUCCUUAUGUACCAAUUAUCUUUCGGUUUCAUUAAAGCAACAUUUUUACUUCAGUUCCGCCGAGCAUUCGCUCUGCCUCACAUAAUAUUGUUCUGCGACAUCUUCCUGGGUAUCAUGUUCCUAGCACUCAUAGGAUUGCUCAUCUUCGGCGGAAUCGUUAUGCGAGAUUUUCUGAAGCCGGGGUAUGUCCCUACGCCUGGGGAAAAGGCAUACCUGAUAUUUGGCUACGUCAACGCCGCCGUACAUCUCUCGACGGAUAUCGUCAUUUUCAUACUGCCGCUGGCACUUGUGGGACAGAUGCGCCUUGCAGCAAUGCAAAAAGCUGGUCUAAUCUCCAGUUUUGGGGUGGGAAUCUUCACCAGCGCGAUCUCCGUGCUAAGAAUAGUCAGCCUGCCUCUUGCUACCAGCGGGAUCGAUGGGUUCUACCAAGCCGUGCCGCUCGUUCUCCUAAGUAUGGCCGAGCCAACGUCUGCAGUCAUUUGCGCAUGUGUGCCGAUUAUGCGGCCCUUGUUAGCAUGCUCGGGAACUUCCAGGUAUGGCAGCCAAGGAUCGCGAAGACCUCUCUCAGGAGCAACCAACGAAUCGGCCGGACAAAGACGUCAGACACCGAGUGCGCCUCCUCAAUCGCCCACCAGCACGACAGAUCAAUCCGUAACGCAAAUGACAUACAAAUCGACUAUUACAGGGAGUAUAGAUGGAGAUUUGGAAGGAUACACUUCAAGCCAACAGGCCAGGGGUAGCAUCAAUACAUUGAACCCACUGUCCAUGCACCCAUCAUCUCCCACCAAAACGGCACAAUUUCCAUGA